AAGCAUUCACGUAAUAAUAAACAAGAUCAAGAUCAUUCGGACCGCAGUGAGAGAAGGGAAACAGAAACCUUCCGAACCACUGAGUACCGUGAGGAAAUCAGGAAGUGGAACGCCCACAUUAUAAUAACUGUGACUGAAUGUGACCGUUCAGUGGCACACCCAAGUGUAGCCAGCCAUGCUGUUGGUGUCUCGAGAAUUAUGCCGUAAGUGUGUGGCCUUACGGUUGCCUGUGGGUCACACGUGGAAUGUGCGCACUCUUUCUUUAAGUCAGCAUGUGGCAAGAAACAAAAGUAUAUCCAAAGAUGUGAAGUCCCAGCAAGAUGGAGGGUUCACACACAAAGCUCGUGAGGCAACGCGCACCACCACCUACACAGCUGUGAUUCUUGUUGGCAUUGGGGUCACUGGUCUUAUGAUCUACACUGUCUGUAAGGAACUCCUCUCCUCUUUUUCUCCUCAGACUGUCUACGGUGCAGCUCUGGAGAAGUGCAGUGCUCAUCCCAGGGUUGUUGACUUCCUAGGGGACUCCAUCAAGGGUUACGGUGAAGAGAGUCGCAGGGGCCGCCGGCAGCACGUGAGUCACAUGGGCUAUGAGGUGGAAGGCUGCAAGGGAUACCGUAUUAAGUUUCACCUCAAAGGCCAGAGGAGAACAGCAACUGUUAAUCUGGAUGCUCGGCAGACUGCUCAUGGCUGGGACUUCCGGUACCUGUAUGUGCAGCUCGACUCAUACCCUUAUGAAGUGAUAGUCAUUGAGGACAACCGGGAGACCGUCUUUGGGUCAUCAGGUGAGGCCCCAGACUCCUCAGUUCCACUCCGUUCUUGAUGCUGCCUUUACAGUUGCUCAAAAUUACCCCAUAAAUUUAUAUUCAGAUAUUUAAAGAGGAAGUAUUUCCUACAGACAAUACAUAACUUUAAUGUGAGACAGUACAACAUAGUUAAUUUGUAAAAGUGUAACAAGGUUGAUAUUAGGAAUUACAAACAGCAAGGAUGUGAUAUGUACAAGUAUGUUUCAGUUCUUAUAUCCAUAGAGAAUUAAAUUUUGUGGGAUAUACAUAAUACAUAUUAGAUAUUUAUACAGGUAAUGGCUAAUCUAAGAGUUUUGUGGUUUAUAUUGCAGCUAUAAUAUUGUUAAUAAUAUUGUUGCUUAGCUAAGAGUGAUGCAGGAGACCUAUUUCUUAUUGCUCAUCUUCCCAUGUCACUUUUUAGUGAUGAGGACAUCUGAUUGUGUUGUUGCACUGGUUUGAUAUGUGCUCAUUGGUUAAAGACAGACACAGACUAAUUCAAGUCAUGGGCCUGAGUUGUUUGGAAUCUAUGCAAAGAAGAGGCAUGUGAGACAUUAACACAUGCUAUCCUGGCUGCUAAAGUUUGAAAGAAAUUAAGGAAGAGAACCUGAAAAAAUUAUAUUAAUAGGGAAACAAUGACAUGGACUGAUGGGUGAGAUCAUGAAAGAUAAAUUUGGAAGGAGGUACAGGAUAGGAUCUGAAGGUAGCUUACCAUUGGAACUGUUGAAGGCAGCUUAUGGAGUAUGGAGUCUGUACAGUCAUAUUAUAUAUAAGUGAUAUACAAGGCCAAAAAUUCUUGUACAAUUCAAAGUUGAAAUAAAAACAUUACUUGA